AUGGACGGGGACAAGAGACUACUAGCAAUUCUGUCUAAAUUAAGGGAAGACAUAGAGACUGUAGGAACCAGAGAGCCAUCUCUAAAAGUAGAGGGGGGCUACAGAGGUAGGAACCUUAGGAAGCUUCUUGAAGUCACCUUUAGAGGUAUGGAUCUCAACCUCGUGUUGGAGGAGUAUGAACAAGAAGAAAUUAGAGCAGGGACGCAGAUGGUUAUCGUAAAAGGAGGCGGAAAAUCUUAUGCCAAGUUGCUGAAACAAAUAAAGGAUAGCGUAGACACAAAGAAGAAGGAGAUUAAUGUCAUAAGCGCUAAAAAGUUCAGGGGCAAAGAUCUCAUCCUUGAAGUAGCAGGGAAAGAACUGGCAGAGCGCCUAAGGAAGACUAUUUUGGCCCGUACGGAGGAAAACACGGUAGAAGAUGUCCGCGGUUACCAGGUUCAGGUUGACAUAUUCGAUAUAGAUGGAGAUGUCACAAAGGAAGAAAUUCUGAGGCAUAGCAAAAACGAAUGCAAGAGAGAAAACAGAGCGGACUGCUGCUAUAGAUGUGGCAAAGAGGGUCAUCAGGCACGAGAAUAUAGUAAUUUGGAGGCUUUUUGCUUCACUUGUAAAGAAGCCGGGCACAAAGCCGACACCUUACGAUGCCCGGAGUAUAGAAAACUGAUAUUGGAAAAACGAAAGCCCAAGAGAGACCAUAUCAGAGGGGAGGAGGAAAGAGUGGGUGAAAGCACUUAG